AUGCUCGGCCAACACUUUCUUUCAUUGGGUCUCUUUCUCUCUUCAUUUCAUCAAGUUCUCGCUCUUACUUUGAAGCCCUUGGCGUCUGAUCAUUUUGUUGAUAACCAUGGAGUGGCAAAGAGAAACAGAAAUGGUACUCAUCAUAUUGAUCAUAAUCAUCUAGAUCUUCAAGAUUAUGAGAGUUUCUAUUGGGGAGGCCAUGGAGGCGAUAGCCUUAUUUAUGCUAAUUUGACUGGUAAUUAUUCAGACUUCUGACAGAUUCAUCUCGACACUAACAGUCUAUUACAGUCUUUUUCAACGAGGAGUAUGAGUUUGUCAUUGGGAUGGAGAAGUUCGACGGCAUGUUGAACUCCGUUGACUGCAGCGAGAAUAUGAUGCUGGAGUUCAAAGAUAAUGCAACCUUUACGUAUGCCAAACAAGCCUGGAACUGGGUUAGCGAUGAUGUCAACAAUACCUUUGUGUAAGUUCAUAACUUUCUCCUUUUCCUUGAUAUACCAGGUCACUAAUCCUUACUCUACAGAAUGGUGGCCAACUACGAUGGAUGCGGAGAUGACCAGGAGCGUCAGCCAUAUCUCAUCAACGAUAUUCAUUUCGAUCCCAACACCUACAAAGUGUACCUCGAAGCAGAUCAAAAGGAAUGGGAAGAGGUCGCAAAGACUUACACUUUCAACAUGGGCUACAAGCCUAUCAUGAACAGCACUGUGGCAUUGGCAAAGAGAGAUGAUCCCGACUUUACCAUGAGUCUUGCGAGUCACUUCAACAAGAACCUCUUCGCGACGAAAGUCAGCGGGGUUGAUCUCUCCGUCGAUUGCGUCGACUGUGGAAUUGUCGGUAGAAUGCUAGUGGACUUUGAUCUCGAAGUUCACUUGUUACAUGCUCCGAAAGCUACCAUGAAAGUAUCUCCUCAAGAUGUCGUUGCCACUAUGCAACUCGCCUUGACCGCAAGUGGAACCCUUGCCAAAGAGUACAGUUGGGACAAAAACCUCGUCUCAAUCCCAAUCGAAGGUAUCAAGGUCGGAAAAUUCGCCAAAAUCGGAGCAUUUCUCGACGUCGACGUUGGUUUCAAGAUGAACGAAUGGACAGGAGAGGUCAGAGCCGAUUUCGGCGCGAAAGCGUCUCUCUCAAACUCCGCCGUCGUCAAGAUCAACGCUCUGGAUCCCAAGAAUGGCGAGUUCUCGGGUUGGGAGCCAAAGUUGAGCGCCUUACCUCUUACAAUGAGCGCGAAGGUUGAUGGUGGGGUCGAGAUCUAUGCUCAGCCAUCUAUCACAUUGAGUGCUGAAGCCUUCGGCAAAGGUCUCGAGAUGGGUUUGGAUCUCAAAAUGCCAUACAUCCAAGGCGACUUCUCUGCAAUGGCCAUCUCCAGUGGAGUUUGCAACACGAAGAAAACAAUUGGUGUCACUGUCGACGCAAAAGCUGGUGUUGAUCUCACUGUUCAAGUCGCUACCGCUGGAAACAAGGCAAAUCCUUUGUGGGAGAAAUCUCUUUUCGAAAAGUCAUGGCCGUUGUUCAACAAAUGCUUCCCAUUCGGGCCAGAUAAUGCGCAAUCGGGAGUCUCUCAGCCACCUCUGCCUCCAAAGGCACCAAAUACCAAGGUGCCACUGCCUAAGACUCAGAAGCCACCGAAGACUAGACCAACAGAAGAGGCACCUGCAAAGACUCUCAAGCCUAACCCGACAAAAGGACAAGACCCGAAGACCACAAAGACAACUGACGAUGGCAAGAAGCCUACUUCUAAGCCAGCACUUACCAAAAGUACCAAAGCCUCGGAUGAUGACACCCACCCAACAGUCAAGCCCAACAGCUCGAAGCCAACCGCUGCUUCAACCAAAGUUUCAUCCAAAGACGGCGAGAGCACUCCAACCUCAGGGAAGCCCAAUUCAACCUCUGUUACUUCAAAAGACGACGAAAGCAAGCCCACCUCCAAGGCACAAUCAACCAAAAGCACCAAAUCAUCCGAUGACGAUAUAACAAGCACAGUCAAACCCGGCAGCCCAACCUCCAAGCCAGCGUCCGGCACAUCAAAAGCCUCAUCCAAAGACUUAGACAUCACCACAAGCGGCAAAGCACACCCCACCACCUCAUCAUUCAGCACAAUCUUCACCUCCAAACCCAGCACCAACCAGACCAGCAAAACGACCUCGCGAUCAAAGAAUCCCGUGACACUCCCACCCUUCACCCACCCCACGGGCGUAGCCGGGAACGUGACAAGCCAAACCACAUCCACAUCCGCGUUGUCGCUAAGCACCAGUCUUCCUAACCAACUCCCCACCAUCCACCAGAGCGAGAACGGAACGAAACACCCUGCCACCAUCCCUACCCACGCAGCGAGCUCCAACGCUGGCCACGCAAACCUACCCGUGCCAUCUGGGAGUGCGGGGAAUAGCACAUGUACAUCAUCUAAGACGGGUGCGAUGACUACCAGGAUUGGGACUGGAACGACGAAGAUUGUGGGGACGAGCACGAGUGUAAGUACCAGCACCGCAAAGAGUGGCGGGAAAUAUGAAUAG